AUGGCAGGAUCGUUAGCAUUUUAGGUCUACAGAGCACUGAUCAGCAGAUGCCCAGAGAAUGAUACCUGAUAUGGACCAUGAGAAAACAGAAUCUCAAGCUGAAUCCAAACCAAGGAUUACAAAUUGACCCAUCUAGACUUGGUGUUCUGGACCCACAUGGCUACGGUGAAGGUUUGAUAAUUGAUUUGCCAUGUGGAAGCGUAUUUAGCAUAGAUUAGAUACUGAUUGCGGUCAUUGCCCUUUGACUCUUGGCCACCAUGCCUCAAGCAGAAAUUGUGCGUAGGUGACCGAAUAUCUAGCACGUACAUGUGUGUGCGAGUGCGUUUGUGCUAUGUUGAGGGUGUCAGGAGUUGCGCCGGCUCCGUCGGGCCAUGAGUGGCGUUUUCAGUGUUCAGUGGGGGUGGACUGUAGCGACGCAGAGCCUCGUUGUAUCUGGCUUGCAGUGUUACGGGGCAUUUCACCCCGCACCUCUCCCCGACCUACUCCCAUUGCAUCGCCCAGAAAACGAGGUUCCCGGAGGGUCAUACAGCGCCAUCGCCUUUCCUGGGCUAAAGGGCGGAGAGAUGGCAUGGUGUCGUCCAAUGAGAAUAGGCGCCGGCCGCUGUCGUCGGGCGAGGUGGAGGGCGUGUCAUGGCAGGGCCCGCGCACCGUUCUGCUCCAGAAGAACUCGCAGGGAUUUGGCUUCACACUGCGCCACUUCAUCGUCUACCCGCCAGAGUCCUCCCAUCACAGCCUCAAGGAUGAAGAGAAUGGAAAUGCAACUGGAAAAGGUUGUCAGCGGUCUCGUUUGGAGCCAAUGGACACCAUCUUUGUGAAGAGUGUCAGGGACAAUGGCCCCGCACAGCAAGCAGGGCUGUGUACAGGGGACAGGCUAGUGAAGGUGAAUGGCGAGAGCAUCCUGGGGAAAACCUACUCUCAGGUGAUCGCACUCAUCCAAAACAGUGAAAACAUUCUCGAACUCUCCAUCAUGCCAAAAGAUGAGGAUGUGUUGCAGUUGGUAAGUGCAUAUUCCCAGGAUGCCUAUCUGAGAGGCAAUGAGCCAUAUACAGGAGAGGCCCAGAACCUUCCUGAGCCUCCUCCCCUUUGUUACCCUUCCUCCAAGCCCAGUUCCAAUGCCCCCCAGCCCAGCCACAACCACCACAGCCCCCUGGACAACUGGCAUUGCCGACCCAGCCACACCACCUCCCCAUUGGACAACCGCCCCCCUGCUGCUGCUGCUGCUGCUCCCACCUCCGGCUGGGCCGGGGGUUCAGAGGAUACCAGCAGUCAUUUUGGCUCAUCAGCGCGGCAUCGCGGCCGCUCUUCUUCAGCCCUCAGCGCGCUGGACUUUCACUUUGCUAACCACAAUGCUGCCAUUGCCUCAGCAACUCUUCCGCCACCGCGGAAGAGCAGCCUGCCAGCCUCAUCCCGUACCCACGCCGACACUCUCUGCCACCAGGCGCUGUCAGACUGGUACUACAGCCAAGCGGAGGCAGCGGAGCGCAUGUCCCCCCGCCACCGCAGUAUAUCUCAGGACCGUUUAGUGGAGCUGGGUCUGGGGUUGGCUCUUGGCCCCGGACCCACAGCCGCAAUCUCUGCUGAGCAGCGCAAACGAGAAACUCUCCUGUUCCAUCAUCAAGCGGCUACUGCUUCCCAUGAUUCCUAUUGGCUGGGCGGCUGGGGUGGCGUGUCAGGACCAGGAAGCAGGUCGUGCUCAGAGAGCCUGCUGGCAGCCUACGCUGAGUAUGAGCACAGCUACGGGCGCUCGGUGGAAACGCUGGCACAGGCCUCUGCACUAGUCUCACCACACUUGGAACACACUUGGACGUCGCAGAGCUCCCAAGCAACAAAAGGCAGUGAGCAAAAAGAGCAGAAACCAUCAGGAGGUCAGCAACACCAACCCACAGUGACAUCGCCCACCGCGACCCCCUCCACAGUGCCUCCUAACGGCAGACAGGCUGGUCAGCAGGUAGCCGAACCCCAAACCAGGAGGGUCAAAGAGGAAGAGCUGGUUGGCUACAAAAGCUACAGCCCUUCUUUCUGCCGCAAGGCAGGCCACCUCCUCCAGCAGGCCCACUCCUUCAGAGAGCCCAGCUACAGCGGGCCCCACCUCAACUGGAGCCCCAGCAGCAGAAGCAGCCCUGCGGACAGUGAGGGAGGGAUGGCGCCUCGGCCCCAGUCCACACCGGCCCUGCCUGCAUCAGAGGAGGAGAGGGCCAGGCUAGGGGAGGGGAGGGAGGCCAUGUCCCCUCUCCCCCUAAAUCAAGACGUGGUCUUGAGGCAGAAGCCACCCUCAGGCCGCCGAACCUCCAUCCAGGCUCUGCGGCACCCCCACUACACUGCACCCGUGGAUUCACCCGAGCCCCCUGGUUUCAUGUCUUCUCCUGGGACUCCUGGGACCCCUGGAACAUCGUCCCCUGGCUCUGGCGAUCCCAGCCUCAGCCGCAGGGUCAAUGGUAGCCUGGCGCAGAGCACAUAUGACUCCCUGUCCUCUAUUCCCUUCAUAGAUGAACCCACCAGCCCUAGUAUUGAUCUACGGGCCCGUCAUGUACCAGCCUCCUCUGUGGUGUCCACCUGCAGCUCCCAGCCCUCUGCUAUGGCUGCCCUCAAUUCCACCUCUGUCUCCCCCACCCUCUCUUCCACCUCCCCCUUUGUCCGACUUCGUUCUCAGGACUGCAGCAGUAUCAAAGGUCGUCGGUCUUCCUACCUGCUGGCCAUCACCACCGAGCGGUCCAAGUCAUGUGACGAGGGCCUGAACACCUUCAGGGAGGAAGGCCGCGUCUUCUCGAGACUACCAAAAAGGGUCAAGAGCUUUUUCACUGAUGGGUCUCUGGAGAGCCUGCGAGCCCAAGAGGAAGCCAGGACUAAGCGCCACUCCACCUCUGAACUGGGAACCAUCACUUUCAGUGACAUUCGCAAGGAGGGCUGGCUGCACUACAAACAGAUCCUCACGGAGAAGGGAAAGAAAGUUGGUGGCGGCAUGCGGCCGUGGAAACGAGUCUUCUCAGUGCUGCGUUCCCAUUCGCUCUUCCUCUACAAGGACAAGCGGGAGGCGGUCCUUCACGGGGCGGGGGCAGGGCCCAGCCAGGACGAGCAUCCUCCGAUCAGCAUCCGCGGCUGCCUGAUUGACAUCGCUUACAGUGAAACUAAGCGUAAGCACACCUUGAGGUUGACCACUCAGGACUUCUGUGAAUACCUGCUGCAGGCCGAGGACAGGGACGACAUGCUGGCCUGGAUCAGGGUCAUCAGGGAAAACAGCAAGACGGACAACGAGGAGCUUGGUUUCUCAAGACAAGCUCUCAUCAGCAAGAAGUUGAAUGACUACAGGAAACAAAGUCCAACGGGCAGCAAGCCGGAUUCCUCUCCCAGAGCCCACCGCAUGAUGCCACCCUUCCUCCUCGCAAAGACUGAUAACACCUCUGUGAACCGAGGCUCCAAAACUGAUGAAAAUAAGGCGCUGUGGGGCAUCAACAUCAUGAAAAAGGCCAAGAAGACAGGAAGCCCGAAGGCGUUUGGUAUCCGACUAGAGGACUGUCAGCCUGCUCUCAACCACAAAUUUGUCCCGCUGAUUGUGGAGAUGUGCUGUGGUCUGGUGGAGGCGUCUGGUCUGGAGUACACUGGCAUCUACCGGGUCCCUGGGAACAACGCCAUGGUAUCCAACCUACAGGAGCAUCUCAACAAGGGCAUGGACAUCAACACCGCCGAGGAGAGAUGGCAGGACCUGAACGUAAUCAGCAGCCUGCUUAAAUCUUUCUUCCGGAAACUGCCUGAGCCACUGUUUACAGAUGACAAAUACAAUGAUUUCAUUGACGCUAAUAGGAUAGAAGACGCAGGCGACCGGCUGAAGACCAUGAAGAAACUGAUCCACGACCUCCCAGAUCACUACCACCACACCCUCAAGUUCCUGGUGGGCCACCUCAAGAAGGUGGCCGAUCAUUCUGAAAAGAACAAGAUGGAGCCGAGAAACCUGGCUCUGGUGUUUGGUCCGACUCUGGUGAGGACGUCGGAAGACAACAUGACCGACAUGGUCACCCACAUGCCUGACCGCUACAAAAUAGUGGAGACACUCAUCCUGCAUUAUGACUGGUUCUUUGGAGAUGGAGAGCUUGAUAAGGAAGAGAAGGCGCCGGAGGAUAAGCGGCACAUGCAGCCUGUGCCAAACAUUGACCACCUGCUGUCCAACAUUGGCAGGCCGGGCAUGCCAGGAGAGGCAUCAGAUUCCACCACCAGCGAUUCAGUUAAGUCAAAGCUUUCGUCGGGCUCCAAAAAGGACCUGAAUGCCAGGGAUUUCCUCCCCAAAUCGAUCAUCUCUGCUGUGACCCGGAAACGUAAAAAAUGCCCCAGCACCCACCCACCGGGCAGCAGCGCAGACGAGGAUUCUGAACAUGAACCAGUGAAGGCAAGCAACUACGGGGGAGGAGGAGGAGGAGGAGAGGAAGAGGAGAAAGAGGAAGGAGAGGAGGAAGUCGUAAAGAAAGAACAUACCCUUCCCAGAAAAGAAGAAAGGGAUGAAAAGGGAAAAGAGAUCGAGGCUAGAGAGACCACAGAGGCAAAACUGUCCUCUGUUGGCGCAGAUGAGGUUGAAAAGGGAGCAGGGAACGAAAGAGGCGGUGACACAAAGAAUGUGGAAAGGGAAAACAGGCAGGGUGAGAGGAUGGCCUCCCCUAGAGCUGCAUCUCAGCCUCGUCCCAACAGUUUCCUCUACUCACAUCAUCAGCUCCCAGCUAAGAUCCACGCCACUUACCCAAGACCCCCACUUGUUACCAGUCCUUCACACCCAAGGCCUAACAAUGUGGCCAAAGGACGCCCCAUCAUUCCUUUUUGGAUCUCCCCCACCAGGCUUCCUAAUCUCUACCAAACUUCCACCUUCCACGGGAUGCAGCAACCCGACUGGAACCAGCCAGUGCCAGUCCGCUAUAGGAAGACCAGGGGUGGGAGGGCGAGGGCUGUGUCCAUGAAUUUGGACCUUGAACUGGGCAAGAAUGAGGACAGAGUUGGAGGAUGGAGAGGAGAGAGGGUGGAGGUGAUCAGAGUCAUAGAAGGAGCACCAACUCAUUUUGGUCAUAUUGGGGUUCCACAGGGAUCAAUUGUAGGUCCCAUAUCAAUUCAGCAGAGAUCACAGAUAGAUCCACUGCCUCCCUUUGCUCAGGAGGCACCACCUCUCCCACCUCCUUCCUCAGGAUGGACGGAUCAAAGCUCCCUUGGUUCUUCCGCUGUUGUCAUGAGGAGAUCAGCCCUGGACCCACGGGAGAAGAGGAGAGCCUGGCGUCGUCACACAGUGGUAGUUUAACAUUUGCCCUUUACUCACAAACACUGGAUCACUAGUGUCACUGGUUUGAAAGCCCAUCGCCCAUCUCAAGGGCCAUGGUCUUGUAAUGUGGGGAUCUCAGUUGUCUAGAUUCCUCUUGUCUCUUUAUUGCUAUUGACAUUGGAGAAGUGAUUGUGUUAUUUGUUUGGCAUUAGCAGUUGUAGAGUUUCAUUCCAAAAUGAGAUUUUUGACAAAUGUUACACCUGCUCUGAAAAUAAGAUUAUUGAAUAUCAGUCUUAACUACGGAAUCCUUUACUUACAAAAUAACACUGUAGAGAAUGUAAUCAUCCAUGUUCUUUUAAAUUGAGCUAUGAACAUCAGGUAACAUUUGGUAUCAAAAAUGAUUAUACAGUGUUUUGGAAUGAAACCCUUCACCUCUAAAUUAAUGGUGAUGAAUGAUGACAAUGAAUAGGAAGUAAAAGUGAGAGAAAGCCAUAUUUACACAUUUGAGAUUCUCCUACAGAGCCAAGCUGCUGCUGUUACAGCUAACACUCACCAGCAAAGACUUUAACAAACUCUAGCAGAGUCAAAGGCUGUUGGAGGUUUUUCAGUGCACACUGUGCUGUGCCCAUACUGCACUAACCAUAGGAGUAGCACAGUGUCAGCAGCCUUUGGUUUUCCAACAGAAAACUGAGCAGUUGUGUACAUUUCUUGGGUUUGGGUCAGCACAAUUCUAGCAUACCAGAACCAAGCCAAACCAUGGUUAACACAUAUAGGAAAAUUUUGUACUGUGCCAGCCUGAGUACAGCACAGUGCACUUUUGCAGGGGAAAAAACACACACUGUUUACUUCUUGGCCCUUUACAAGCUCUUCCAAAGCCAACUAUGGAUCAACAGGGAACUUCAGUGAUCCAUGAGGGUAAAAUUAACUCACUUUCUCUCUGGAUGUGACUCAAGUUGGGCAUAAUGCCAAACCUUCCUUGGACAAAAAUGAUCAAACUGCAUGGGGUCAUUGACAUAUCAUAAAUAUGCAAACCCUAGGUAUUUAACACAAGCCUAUUGUACUUCCUUGCAUGUGUGCGAGCGUGUAUGUGUUAAGGGGGCAGACUUUUAAUGAUACUUUAGCAUGCCUGUUUCUUCAGCCCUCCAUCGCAAGAGGAGAAAAGUGGCUAAGGCAGCUAUUUCAAGUCAUGCCAAAAUUUAUUUUUACCAAUUUGGUCAUUGUACAAUAUCAGUAUGGAGACAUAUGGUUAGGCAAGAAAUGCAAGAUUCAAAAAGGAACCAUAGCACUUAGUCUCUGGUUGAUACAUCAUCAGUAUUAUAAAGACAAUACUGUCAUGGGAGCAGUUGAAAGAGUGUGGUUUGGACACUUCUUUGUCCUUUCCUCUCAAAAUAUCUUCCUCAAAUUCAAAACCCUCAAGUCUUACCUGUUUUGUUUUUUUUUUUCAUUUUACAUUUUUGAUAUCUUGUUUCUUCCAUAUCUUGAUACAUUUGAACCAUAGUUUUUGUAAAGGGGAGUCUGAAAAAGACAGAAAUGGAGAUGAAUUAAACUGUUCUACUGCCAACCACUGUCCUUCAGUCAGACUCCCCGUUUGUCUUUAUCAUAUCUAGACUCUGUCUGUCCCUCUGUCUAUCUGUGCCCUUGUGCAUGUACUAUAUGUACGUGGGUGAUUGUGCGUGGACCAAUUUUGUAACAGUUGUACAAAGCCUUGUUAAGUUAACCUGUGUAUAUAUAUUAUACAUAAUAUAUUAAAUUAUUUGUUUUUGACAUGGA